AUGACGUCGGCGCCGUUGCCAGAGCCUGUGACCGAACAGGAGAAGCCAUCAUUCAACCGCCGGUUAUCGCGGCAGUCGGAUGCGGGUAUCUUAGAGGUGGAGGAGUCAGCCGCUGUAGGGCCAGACCGCGAAUAUUUGCUGGCAGAAGAAGCGACUCCAAGCGCUUCACUGAAACCAUCAGCCUCGGAUAAGGCUGUGAGCUGUCGGCCCUCACCUCCUACAAACGACUAUGUAGGAUAUGCACCUCACAUUCAGCUGAUGGCUGCUGUGGCUAGGGGUGUGUUCUACAAUGAAUUGAGGAGAGUUGCUCCAAAGGCCACCAGGAGUCUUAACUCAAUGGAAAAGCCUUCGCCUACUGGUACCGUAAGGAAGAUUUCGCCUGCCAGUCAAGACCUAGCGACAGUCAAUACAUCCUAUGCAGUCGAGCAAGCGGAUAAGCCUGUCACACCCAAUCCGCUGCGGCCGAAUUCCGAACAUCAGAGAAAUCCAGGGGCAAAUUCAGGCGUACCUGGAAACCGGCGCACGGAUCUCCGUAAGAAAUUCCUAGAUGGUCAAGAAGUAAUGACGACUGACGUUGGGCUGAACCCGCUCACUUCGGUUCCUCGGGGAGUGGAAACAGCGAACCUAACUGAAGGCCACCCAUCUAAAAGCCUAGCGCAAGCUUCAACUGCGCGCGUUGAAGAGCAAAUUAAUAUCACCAAUAACAGCCAGAACAAAAUGCCUGUCGCACAAAGGAUGGUACCUGCUUGGGGUACAUUCCUUCUGCGUCAACAGAGGCCGAGAGGUCCGCAUCAUGCUCCCAAAACCCCAGCCAAUAACCCAUCAAAGCAGCCGGUGCCAUUUCAAUGCUCACGUCCUCAGGAGGGUUCCCGAGAAGUUAUCGAUCUCACUGCAUCGAAUAAUGAGCCAACGGUCCCCAAUAAUUGCCCUGUCCGCACAGCGCCUCGCAAACAGAACGUGACAUCCGAGGGAACACUGCGUCUAUCUGGUCUCCCAUUGCAACCAGCAGCAUCCACUCCAGUCAGUUCAAGCCAUGGCCAAGUACCAUAUAUUUCGCAAGGGCCCCAGACGCUUCCGCCAUCUACUCAGCAUAACAACGCUCCUCCUGCCGCCGCACUGAGCAACGCGGACAGACCUAUUCCGGUUGCUCUUUGUCCUCUACACCCAAACCUUGCUCGCAUGAGUGCGCAUGAGGUAUAUCGAUCGUACACAAGGAUCAUACUGACCGCAGAUCUCGCAUUAUUUCAUAGAAUGAACCUGGACGAUCACGAUUCGCUGCGCCAGCGGGCUACGGAGGCAUUCAAUGCGGGUAACGCCACGGAGUAUCACCGACUUCUUUCCCAAUUGCUUCAAGCAGAGCAUCGCUGUGAAGAAAUACUGGAGCACGAUAGAAGGGCACGCGUGACUCCAGGCUAUUUACUUGCACAUGCGGACGAGAUUCGAAGGAUAGACGAUGAGAUUCGCCGUUUUCAUGAGGAAGGCCAUUGUACUGUUGAGGGCCAUCCACGCGGACACCGUUCCCGCUGGCCGCUCUGA